GUCCAUCGUCAUCAUCGUAGUACCGGUACAAGAAACCAAUCCCCCAUCUUCAGUGGCCGUGUCCGAGGUCGACCGAACGAGCAUGUCGACUUCCUCCGCCGCGUGUCUUUCUCGUAGCUCCCUCUUCCUCCCUCCCCUUGUUUCCGCCGCAAACCAAAGAACCCACUUCACCACUUCAUUUCCUCACCCCAUUUUCCAGCGGAAGUGGAAGAAUGACUUCCAGAAGAAGACCGUCUCUCUCCGCUGCCGCGCUCAGCUUCUCGUCGACGUCGCCCCUGCCACCUGUGCGGCCUACGGCACCCUUCUUCUGGGUGGAGGCCUCUUUGCUUAUGCGAGAUCCAGAAGUAAAGGCUCUAUUCUUGGAGGACUAUCCGGUGCUGCGCU